AUGAUAAUACGAGCGCUACGGCUGCGGCAUGGCCGACUCGCCCUCCCAAAACCUUCCAAUCCCCUCCGCGCAUCACGACGAUUCUACUCCCUAGAAACCGAAUCGACCGAGCGAACAGAAAAGCCGGAUUUCGUAGACCCAGGCUCAAUCGCCCAGAGACAACUCGACUCAAUCCCCAAUGUUCGGAGCGUGCAUAUAAACGACCCCAAUGAUCCUGUAGCGCAAGACUACGCUUUUCGCCAGCACCAGAAAGCCACGAUUGGCCAUUUGGGAGCAACCAUUGCGCCGCAUUAUAAACCCCAUGAACUUUUAUCGAAUCCGCCCUCGCCGAAGGACAUCACCCUUGAGCUGCUGCUCGCUUCUCAGGCACACAUUGGACACUCCACUUCACUGUGGCAUCCAGCCAAUGCGAGGUAUAUCUUUGGUGUCAGAGGCCGCAAGAUCGAUGGCGAGUCACCGAUCCACAUCAUCUCGCUCGAGACAACAGCAGCACAUCUGCGAAGAGCAUGUAAAAUCGUCAAUGGCGUGACCGAAAGAGGCGGACUGGUGCUAUUCGUGGGUACACGAGAAGGACAAGCACGUGCCGUUGUACGCGCCGCAUCACUGGCAAAAGGCUGCCAUCUUUUCACCAGAUGGAUUCCUGGAAGCAUCACCAACGGACAGCAGAUUCUAGGCAAAUGCGAGAAGAAGGUGGUUAAUGAGUUCGACCAGGAAGUCCCUGGCUUCGAAGACCAGCUGGGCGUGAAAGCUGCUGUGAAACCUGAUCUGGUUGUCUGCUUGAACCCCGUGGAGAACUAUGUCUUACUGCACGAGUGUGGCUUAAACAACAUCCCCACCAUCGGCAUCGUGGAUACAGACUGCAAUCCGACGUGGGUGACAUAUCCUAUCCCUGCCAACGACGACAGUCUGCGAUGUGUGCAAGUCAUUGCGGGUGUGCUUGGACGGGCAGGGCAAGAGGGACAAAAGAGGAGGCUCGAACUCGCGAAGCAGCAGAUCGUCACAUAUCCCGCGAUACAUGGACUGGAGCCGCCGAAGAAGUUGAGAAGAUCGCGGGCAAAGCCACAGCAGCGGCAACCUUCAGCACUACCCGCCGAAGACCUGGAUCUGCCUAAUGAACUUGAAGGCGUGGAAGUCAAGCAACACCUUGAAGACCAGCGCAUUCUCGACCAAGCAGAGAAGGUUCUGCAAGAGAAAAGCGGCGCGUCCCUGUCUGAGCAAGAUGGGGAACAAGCUGUAGCGAUGGAAGAAGCCGAAGAAAAGUUAUUACUUGCAGAAGAUGAGCUGGAAGAAGACGACGUCUACUCCUCUUCAGCAUCAGAAACACUCGACCAAUCCCUCACUAAUGAGAACUACAAAGAACACGACCUCUCCGACGAAGACCUCGCGCAAUUCGGCGGCGUGGACCAACUCUACCACCAAUCAUCCUCUUCCGUGCCAGAGUCAGAACCCGACACUCAAGCUCCUGAAUCCGUAUCCGAGGGCGAGAGCGGAUCCACGCUUGAUCAAGUCUCAGACGUCGCCAAAGAACUUGGUGAAGACCAAUCAGCCUCUACAACUCCAAGCUCAUCAACGUUGGAUCAAGUCUCAGACGUCGCCAAAGAACUCGGCGAAGAGCAACAACCGGCUCCAGAGGCAGACUUCCCCGUCGAAGAAGGCGAUGCUGCGAAGGAAGAGGCGCCUGUGACGGAUGACGGAGCAGCGCCUAGUGAAGCUACGACGGAGAGCGUGGAGAAGGAGGAGGAUGGAAAGGAUGAGAAGAAGUAG